AGACAGAUUGAAAUUCAUUUGAGAACAUAAGGCAGCCAGACAAGACCAUGACCUCCACUGCACGCACGGUUGUGACAGCAAAAGAAACUUUCCAAAUUCUGAUGGAAGUCUCAAAACUUCUGAAUACGGGAUUGGAUGAAACUACCCUGGCUAUAUGUGUCCGGCUGUGCGAAAGUGGCGCUAACCCUGAAGCAUUGGCAAAAGUCAUCACAGAACUGCAGAGAGUGAAAAGAGAAGAGACAGGCAAGGGGCAGGGGGAUGGAGGGCAAUGAAUUGGCAUUAUGUGGAAUAGUCAAAGAAUCAUGUAGAUGCUCAUUCACUUUUUUUUCUUUCUUGCUUUUUUCCUGAAAUCAAGUUAGGAAAAGCACAUCAACAGUAAUGUUGACUUGUACAGGAUGCAUAAUUUGAAGCUGAUUUAACUUCAGAUAUUCAGUUCAUUAGUUCACAAUUAAUGGAAAUUUGUUUAUUAGUUUUGCAUACAAACAGUGAUCUAUAAAUAGGAGUAUCAUAUAUGUAUGGAUUUUUUCCCACUCUUCCUUGUAAUUUGUGUUGAUAAAAUAUAACAGGAAAAAUAUUUGGUAAUAAUAUUCUAAUCUGAAUGGGUUAGAAAUGAAGACAAGAUCUGAUAUCACAAGAAAUACUGUUUACCAGCAUUGAAAGUUGGGAAACAGAAAAUCGUCACCUAGAAACAUAUGCAAAAUCAUGAAAAUUGAAAUCCAGACUAAUCGACUGGAAUAUCUCUGCUGUACUUACCUUUAUAAUAAAGUUUGAAUAGCAGUAGUUUGAAAUGAACUGUUAUGGUACAGACUAAUAAGACCAGAUAUAUACACAUUUUUUUCUUCUGCCUAUAAUGCAGUUUGGAUCAUAUAUGCAAAAUACAAAAAUCAUUCUGGGAGGCUCAGAUUUAGGUAUACACCUGAUUUCAUUACACAUUCUUUCCAUUUUGUUCUCUCUUUAAAACAUGUAUACUAAACAUAAGAUACAAAAGUCUUGCUUUUUUGCCCCCUUUGAAGGGAACAGUAAUGCUUGUCAUCUGUAGUUUAGUAAUCACAAAGCAGCAAUACAGUUAUGUAAGUAGAGGCAUUUGAUGGUCUCUCAACACAUAUGAGCAGUUUUCUAUUGUCGGUUCAUACUGUAUUUAAGACUAGGUAAUAAAGUAAUAUUUGAAGUUUUGUUUUAUCAAGUUUCUUUUGUAUUCUUGUGCAUAUGAAAAAUUCAAAGGCAGAUUAAAUGAUAUUAUUGUUUAAAUACAGCCAUUUUUAAAGUCAUAACAUUACAUCAUCUUGAAUAUUCUGUUUGACCGAAAUGUUAAGAAGGCCAUCUGGGGAAUUAGCUUUUGUUUCAGUCCAGAAAUGGAAUAUUAACUAAUUAUUUAAAAGAAUUCAAGAUUCAGUGCACUCCCUCCAAAUGGAUUAAUUUUAUUUUUGCCAUGCUUAAUUUUUGGUAUGUAUAUUUUCACUUCAUAGAACUGAAGGAAAAUCCAUCUAGAAAAUUGCAUAUAUGAGCACAGCAUUCUCAGUGGAGCAUGCAUUGUCAGUGGCAAAAUUUUGCAUGUAAUUAGAGUGGAAAGGUAUAACUACAUACAGAAUAUUUGAUGUGAACCUUUCUUGGUAGAAUCGUAUAUUACUUAAAUAACUAGCCUUUUGAAAUUGACCUCAAAAAAUUAAUUGAUAGUAUUAUUUACAGGAUUUAUUCUUUUCUAAUAUGAUUCUGCAUACCAUAAUUGCAAUACUGUCUGUGUAUGUUCCUCAACCAGGAAAUUAAUAAAUGUUUAAAAAUA